ACUUGGUAUGGCUAAAUGGCUGAUUAAUAUUGUUUGUAAGCGAAAUUUUCGAAGGAUACCAUUGCAAGUGUGUUUAGAUUAGUGUUUCUUGUAUGUAAUCCUGUUGUGAAAGUGCAACGAGUAUACUUUACCACAGAAGAUACACUGUGCUGUAGUUCUACUGUGUAUAAACAAAGCAAGGAUAUAAACGUAAGUUUUUUCUUAAAGUUUCUUACCAGAAUCCAGUUACCACGCCAAUUUGGCAAAACGUAUUUACGUAAUGUGUGAUGUUGUUUACUUGUGUAGUACUACACCGAAGUAGUUCAAAUAGUAUCUUGUUUAAAUUCUAAAAAAUUGAGUCUGUAGGACCCAGUAAUGAUUCUGCUUAGAGAAAGUCUAGUAAAUAAUGUUCUUGUGGUAUACACUAAAUAAAAUGGAUAAAAUAGGUGUAGGAUUGUAAGAAAUUAUUUGCUUUCAGUACAUUCAGAAUGGACGACGCCAUGUUAGUUCGUUUGGAACUUAUUCAUGAGCGCCUAUCGAACUUGAUGGCGCAAAGCACCGCCAUGGGUACGGUCACGGAAGAGAAAUUAGCUAAACAGAUUCAGCUCAUCGAAGAGUGCGACUCGAAACUCACUCAAGAAAUACAUUUUUACAUAGAAAAGUGCAGUCAAGUUUCCAGUGAAAGAUUAAAAACUUUUACCAAGACACAGUUUCAGUCGGAAGAAUGGAGGGUGGAAAUGAAAGCUCUGUUAAAAAAUCCUUCAGUGACACUUACCACUGCGAAGUUGCCAAAACUUGCCCUACCAAAAUUCAAAGGAGAAACACUGCGAUGGGCAGAGUUUUGGGAUCGUUUUAAGAGUAAUGUACACGACAAGUCAUUGCCUGAUGCCGAGAAGAUGGCAUACCUUGUCGGCUGCCUAGAAGCAGAGGCUCUUCAGGCAGUGGAAGGCCUUGGUAUAACUGAAUUAAAUUAUAAUGUAACAUUAGAAAUAUUAAAAGAAAGGUUUGGGAACCAGCAAAAGGUUAUUGAUGCCCACUAUGAUGCCAUCAAUAAUGUUCAAAGAGCAACGCACCAUGCCACGGACUGCAGAGCAAAUUUGAAUAUGAUAGAGAGACAUUUAAGAGUCCUUCAAAGUUUAGGAGAAACCAUAAAUGGAAAUCAUUUAAGGUCUACCAUACUAUCCAAAUUCCCUGAGAAGGUGGUAUAUGAGUUACACUUGCUAACGCUGACGGAUAAUAUAGAUAAUAUACGAAGCGGACUACAAAAAAUUAUAACUGCAAUGGAAAGUGCUAAAGAAAGCCCUGUCCCAAGUAGUAGUGACAACAUUUCUACAGCAGCUUUACAUAUAACUACCCACCAGAAGAAAGGGAAGCAGGAAAACAAGAGGAUAACCCAUAAAAGGGGGUUUCUUAAAAGAAAACUACCGGAGAAUACUGAGAAGAUGUCAAAAAAUAAGAAACCUAAGAUGGCUUGCAUUUUUUGCCAAGGCGCGCACUACAAUGCAUCCUGCACAGUGGUUCAGGAUAUCAACGAUAGGAAAAAGAAACUAGGCAAAAGAUGUUACAUUUGCUUCAAGGAAGGACAUAGAACAACAACAUGCCACAAUAGGAAGCCGUGCUUCUUCUGCAAAGGAAGUCAUAAUCAAGCUUUAUGUCCACAAAAGCCAGACGGCAAUAGUGGAGGUGGGGCCGAAGAACUCAAACAGAACUAAGACACGAAGGCUGAUUCUUGACAAUGGCAGUGGUCGCAGCUAUAUUACCAGGAAGCUUGCAAAAGAACUUGACUUAGUAGCGGAUCAGGAAGAUGAACUGAUGGUAUUUGUUUUCGGUGCUGAUGACCCAGUUAACAUUUCCAGCCCAUCAGUUGACAUCCAAAUUAUAACAAGAAGAGGUAUCAGAAGGGAUAUUCGGGUAAACAUUGUGCGCCAUAUAACUAAUUAUC